AUGGGACAAACCCUAACCACCCCACUGAGCCUUACUUUAGACCACUGGCCUGACGUCCGUGCCCGAGCCGACAACCUGUCAGUCGAUGUUCGAAAGAAGAAAUGGGUGAUCUUUUGUUCGUCCAAGUGGCCUACUGUUGGGGCAGAAUGGCCAAGAGAUGGCACUUUCAAUCUCAAUAUUAUUUCCCAGGUUAAGGCAAAAGUGUUCAGCCCGGGACCACAUGGACACCCGGACCAACGCGCCUACAUUGUUACCUGGGAAAGUUUGGCACGUGACCCUCCCCUAUGGGUCCAGCCCUUUGUCAUCUCUAAGAAACCCCAACCUCCUCUUACCCCUACAGCCCCUAAGGCUCCCCCUCCUCUGGAGAGCCAACCGCUUGUGCCUCUUCCUCCUGCACCUUCCCCUGCCCCAUCCUCCUCUUCCCUAUACCCCACCAUUCUUAAGGAUAAGGUUCCCAAAGAAAAACCUCCAAACCCUACCCCUGAGCCCCCUCCCGUCCUUUCUCUGAACCCUGACUCUCCCCUCACUGACCUUCUAUCAGAAGAACCCCCUCCUUAUGCAGAUCCAGAGGAUCCAGAGAGUCCGGAUGGGCCAGAGACUGCAGCGGUGGGUGGACAGCCUGCACAAGUCUCCACAGCCCCUUCACCCAUGGCUGGAAGACUCCGGGGAAGAGAGGACCCAAAUGGCCGACAGCAAUGCUGGCCAUUCUCUGCCUCAGAUCUAUACUAUUGGAAACACCAUAACCCCCCAUUCUCCAAAGAUCCAAUAACGCUGACUAACCUGAUUGAGUCUAUUUUAGUCACCCACCAGCCCACUUGGGAUGAUUGCCAGCAACUCUUGCAAGCCCUACUGACCUCGGAGGAAAAGCAAAGAGUCUUUUUGGAGGCUCGGAAAAACGUCCCAGGUGACAACGGUAGCCCAACCCUUUUGCCUAACGAAAUUGACGAGGCCUUCCCUCUGACGCGACCUGACUGGGAUUUCACCACGGCUGCAGGUAGGGGACACCUACGCCUCUAUCGCAAGUUGCUAAUCGUGGGUCUCUGAGGGACAGCAUAUCGCCCCACCAAUUUGGCCCAGGUUAAGCAAGUAAUACAGGGAAAUGAAGAGACGCCCUCAGCCUUCUUAGAAAGGUUCAAGGACGCUUAUAGGAUGUAUAACCCCUAUGACCCUGAAGAUCUACGGCAAGCCACAAGUGUAUCCAUGUCUUUCAUUUGGCGGUCUAGUCUGGAUAUUAGUAGCAAAUUGCAGAGGCUUGAGGGUCUGCAGGGAUGUACUAUACAAGACUUACUAAAAGAGGCAGAGAAGAUUUUCAAUAAGAGAGAGACUCCAGAAGAAAAAGAGGAAAGAUUAUGGCAGAGAAUGAAAGAUCGGGAGGAUGAAAGAGACAAGAGGAGAAACAAGGAAUUAACUAGGGUGUUGGCCACCGUGGUUCAGGGACAGAAUAGAGAGGGAGACAGGAAGGGAGAACGACUUAGGGCCAAGGUGGACAGAGACCAAUGCGCGUAUUGUAAAGAACGAGGACACUGGAUUAAGGAUUGCCCCAGGAGGAACAAAGGACCUAGGAAGCCCAGGCCGCAAACCUCCCUCCUCACCUUAGAGGAUUAGGGAACUCAGGGCCAGGAGCCCCCCAAGCCCAGGAUAACUCUUGAUGUCGGGGGGCAACCAGUCACCUUCCUAGUAGAUACUGGGGCCCAGCAUUCAGUCCUGAUCCAGACUUCAGGGCCACUCAGCGAACGAUCUGCUUGGGUCCAAGGAGCCACUGGUGGCAAGAGAUAUCGAUGGACAACUAAUGGGAAGGUUCAGCUGGCUACUGGUAAGGUGACGCAUUCCUUUCUGCAUGUUCCGGACUGUCCCUAUCCCUUGUUGGACAGGGACCUCCUCACCAAGCUAAGGGCCAAAAUUCAUCUUGAGGACACAGGGGCUAAGAUAACGGGCCCAGAUGGAGGUCUCCUCCAAAUUUUGACCCUCCAGCUGGAGGAUGAAUAUAGACUUUACAAGCCCCCGGGACAUUUAACGCCUUGCAUCCUGAAUGCAAAUCCACAUUCCCUGAGAGUGGACAUUGAAGGUCUGUCUCCCGAGAACAGACUAGAUACUCUGACUUUCAGAAUGCUUUGCCAUCCCGAGAGCAAAGCCUCAUCUUUGAGAGUAGAGAACAAAAAGCCUGGUCUCCCGAGACUCAGUCACCCAAAAGCCAAGUCCAAGGCCCUACCAGAUACCAGCCUGGAACAUCAGGACCUUAUCUCCCAAGCACAGACUACUGGGUCAAGAGUCGAUCUACACUACCCAGCCCCCAGUGCAGACAAGAACCCAGCCUGA